GUCUCGCCAUCCCAUCCACCUUGACUCUUCUAUCUUCCUCCACCUUUUUCCUUCUCCCCCUCCUUAUCCUUCUCCUCCUCACGGGAUUCGGACCCGGAUUCCACCAUGCUCCUCUCGCACCUCUGGCCCGUGUGCCUCACGCUGAUCGUGGCCCGGGUCACCGCCGUCCAGGUCAACCCCUUGCCGGCCCCCCGCAAUAUCUCCUGGGCGUCUUCCGGGUCUAAGAAUCUGGCCGGCUUCGUCACCCUCCGCACCGCGCAGGAUACCCCGGAUUUUCUCCUUGCCAAUGCGUGGGAUCGCGCCUGGAAGACCAUUGUGGCGCUGCAGUGGGUGCCCGCCGCGACAGAAGCCCCGUUUCCUUCCUUCCAGCCCUUCCCCACGGCCACGGCCGCCGCCUCGUCCGGCGUCGCCCGGCGGGCCAAGCGGGCCUUGCCCUCGCUCCAGUUUGUGGAUGUGUCGGUGAGCGAUGUCACGGCGGACCUGCAGCAUGGCGUCGACGAGUCCUACACUUUGGAGGUGACUGAUGACUCCAACACGGUCAUCAUCCAGGCUCCCACCGUGUGGGGGGCGCUCCAUGCCUUCACCACGCUCCAGCAGUUGAUCAUCUCCGACGGCCAGGGGGGUCUGAUCCUCGAGCAGCCGGUCAAGAUCCAGGAUGCACCGCUGUACCCUUACCGGGGCAUCAUGAUCGACACCGGUCGGAACUUCAUCUCCGUGCCCAAGAUCUACGAGCAGCUAGACGCCAUGGCCCUCUCCAAGCUGAAUGUCCUGCACUGGCACCUGGACGAUACCCAGUCGUGGCCGGUGCAGAUCGACGCCUACCCGGAGAUGGUCCGUGACGCCUACUCGUCGCGCGAGGUCUUCUCGCACGCCGACCUGCGCAACGUCGUGGCGUAUGCCCGCGCGCGCGGCAUCCGCGUCAUCCCCGAGAUCGACAUGCCCAGCCAUUCCGCCGCCGGAUGGAAGCAGGUCGACCCGGACAUGGUGACCUGCGUCGACUCGUGGUGGUCCAACGAUGACUGGGCCCUGCAUACCGCGGUCGAGCCGCCGCCCGGCCAGAUGGACAUCAUCUACAACGGCACCUACACUGUCGUGCGCGACGUCUACAACGAGCUGUCCGACAUCUUCCCCGACCACUGGUUCCACGUCGGCGCCGACGAGAUCCAGCCCAACUGCUUCAACUUCAGCCGCUACGUCACCGAGUGGUUCGCCGAGGAUCCCGCGCGCACCUACAACGACCUGGCCCAGUACUGGGUGGACCAUGCCGUCCCCAUCUUCCAGAACUACAGCACCUCGCGCCGCCUGGUCAUGUGGGAGGACAUCGUCCUGUCGACGGAGCACGCGCACGAUGUCCCCAAGAACAUCGUCAUGCAGAACUGGAACAACGGCCUGGAGUACAUCGACAAGCUGACCGCUCAGGGCUACGACGUGAUCGUCUCCUCGGCCGACUUCAUGUACCUGGACUGUGGCAUCGGCGGCGGCUUCGUCACCAACGACCCCCGUUACGAUGUCAUGAGCAACCCAGACCCCAGCACCCCCAACUUCAACUACGGUGGUGCCGGGGGCUCGUGGUGCGCGCCCUACAAGACGUGGCAGCGCAUCUACGACUACGACUUCACCCAGAACCUGACCGAGGCUCAGGCCCAGCACAUCGUGGGGGCGGCCGCGCCAUUAUGGUCGGAACAGGUGGACGACGUGACCGUCUCGAGUCACUUCUGGCCGCGCGCCGCCGCGCUGGCCGAGCUGGUCUGGUCCGGCAAUCGCGACGAGCAGGGCCACAAGCGCACGACGCUGAUGACGCAGCGCAUCCUCAACUUCCGCGAGUACCUGGUGGCCAACGGGGUGCAGGCCACGGCCCUGGUCCCCAAGUACUGCCUGCAACAUCCGCACGCCUGCGACUUUUACCGCAACCAGAGUGCCGUCCAGUAGAAGACGACGGGGGAUCGAUGUACAUGAGAUGGAUCGAAUCUACGAUGGAUCUAGCGCGAGCUGAUGGCUCCAUAGCGAUCAAUGCACAUGAAAUGACCGAG